UCGUCAUUUAAAAUCAGGUGGACGCGUUCCUCCAUUUAUGAUUUAAUAAUUUAACACUAUUUUCGGCACUGCCAAGACAAAUUUUCAAUUGAGAUGUCUAGUUUUUAAAUGACAUUGACAUAAAACUUGUCACCCGCUAGUACCUCACAGACGUUAGGCGGGUACCCGUACCACGUGAUUUUUUGACAUUUGGAUGACAUCACAUCCGUCUUCCCCUAUUCCCGUUCUUCGCGAAAAUUUGAGUAUAGGUUCCCGGUAGUGCACUGUGCUACACCGUGGACUCGCGAAAAAAUACUUAUUUUAUAAGCCUUCAACGAAAUCCGUAGUGCAUCAAUAAGAACUACGAGUAUAUAACGAACGAGAAAUUGGUGUGUAAAAUCAACAGUACAGAGAGUGUUAAGUAAGAAUAAGCACCAUCCAUACUGGGGUGCGUUUUUAAAUCACUUGUCAAUAACGCCUAAAUUACUGCAGUCAUGUAAUGACACUUGACGACAGCUCACUAAUUUCUAA